UGCGAUCCGCUGUUUAACGAAACGAGAAGAAGGGCAAGAAGAGGCAACUUGUCUUGCUUAUUUUUUCCUGGGUUUAGCUAUAUUGCUGGUGUACUGAUACUGUACGAAUGACUGAGUUAUUAAUGCUUCGGCCCUUAAAUCCUCAAAUAGCUUACAAGCAGGCAAACUGAGAACAAGCUCGAUUUUUUUAAAACUUUUAUCUGGGGCUGAUAAUGCAGGAGCUUGAUCAGACUGUCACAAUCGGAGCGACUGUUCCGACGGGAUUCGAGCACACUGCAGCGGAGGAGGUCCAGGAGAAGCUUGAGGCCACUGCUAGAGUCAGCAAAAACAGAGGAAGAAUUUAUUUUGAUAUAACAACAGAUAAGCUUCUUAAGGUACAUCAGCUGAAGUCUCUAGACAAUCUGUUUGUUGUGGUAAAAGAAUAUGACGACUACCAAUUCAAAACCACAAAGGAGGAAGUGCAAUUGGAUUGGCAAGAGCUGGCCACCAAAUUGCCUUGGACCAAUGCCUUAGAAGUCUGGAAGUUGAACAAUUCUAUAAAAAAGAAGAAAGGACGUCGGAAAAGAACUAACCCCACAAAAUCAGAUCAGUGCGGCAAUGUUGGCACCAAAUCUACUGAUACUGUCCCAUCAGAUCCAGAAGAGCUCUGGGAAGAUCUUGAGGCUCUAGAAGUGAAGGGAAACCAAAGAGAUGUUUCUUCUCAGCCAGAAAAUGAUUCCGAGGAAGAAAAACACUCUGAAAUCCAGGAUCAGGAGUCAGGGGUGACACCUCUUAAGUUUCGAGUAACAUGCAACAGAGCCGGAGACAAACACUGCUUCACCUCAAAUGAUGCUGCACGAGACUUUGGAGGAGCUGUGCAAGAAUUCUUUCAGUGGAAAGCAGAUAUGACUAAAUUUGAUGUUGAGGUGCUGUUGAAUAUCCACAAUAAUGAAGUUGUUGUUGGUAUUGCUCUCACAGUGGAGAGUCUACAUAGGAGAAACAUCACUCACUUUGGCCCGACCACUCUACGUUCUACGCUGGCUUAUGGCAUGCUUAGGCUUUGCAAGCCACAGGUGUCAGAUGUGAUUGUAGAUCCCAUGUGUGGAACUGGAGCAAUACCUUUAGAGGGAGUUAUGGAGUGGGAGAAUUCAUUCUUUUUAGCUGGAGACAACAAUGGCACAGCAGUCAGCCGAUCAGUCAAUAAUAUCAAGCACAUUCUAAAGAGAACACAUGAUGGUGGAAGCUCUUCAGGCUUGCCCUUAGACAUAAUUCAGUGGGACUUGUGCAAUCUACCCAUGAGAAGCAGUUCAGUGGAUAUCAUCAUUACUGACAUGCCUUUUGGAAAAAGAAUGGGAUCCAAGAAGAAGAACUGGGAAUUAUACCCAUUAUGUCUUCGAGAAAUGGCUCGAGUUUGUAAACCUGGUACAGGAAAAGCUGUACUUCUGACCCAGGAUAAAAAAUGUUUCUUGAAGGCAUUGUCGCAGAUGGAGGGGCUGUGGCGGAAAUUGCACACUGUUUGGGUGAACGUGGGAGGACUGCAUGCUGGCGUUUUUGUUCUCAAAAGAACGGCAGUAGUUUUUGGCACCACUUCUGAAGUUGUAAUGGAGCCUCAUACAGCAACAGGAUCACAAAAAGAGAAUAUGAAGGAUGCUAGUCAGUGAGAAGCCUGACAGACAAAUUAGCGAAGGCCUUUGUGUUCCUCCUUUUUGUUAAGUUAAUAUGCCAAAGUUUGUCUUUUCUGUCUUUUUUUGAUUAGUUCACUCAAGACAUAAUCUAUCCUGAUUCCAAGAUAAUAAAAUGUUCAUAUGUUUACGUUCAA